CUUGAAGCCCUUAUUGCUCUCUUCAUGUUGCGUACUACGCCCCUUGUUGAUAAAAAACGCCAGUAAUCAGCUGUACAAUUAAAACCUUUCUUUCAAUACGUAGGAAAACAAGGAGCCAGGACGCUUUAUUUAAAAGCUGUUGUAACUGGCUAAAACCAUGCAAAAGUAUGAGAAGUUGGAGAAGAUAGGAGAGGGUACAUAUGGGACCGUUUUCAAGGCUAAAAACAGAGAAACGCACGAGAUCGUGGCCCUCAAACGAGUGAGAUUGGAUGAUGAUGAUGAGGGGGUUCCAAGUUCAGCAUUGCGGGAAAUUUGCCUCCUGAAAGAACUGAAGCAUAAAAACAUUGUAAGGUUGCAUGACGUCCUUCACAGUGAUAAGAAGCUGACAUUAGUGUUUGAGUAUUGUGAUCAGGAUUUGAAGAAAUACUUUGACAGCUGUAAUGGUGACUUGGAUCCAGAGAUCGUCAAGUCCUUUAUGUACCAGUUAUUGAAGGGUCUUGCCUUCUGCCACAGCCGAAAUGUUCUCCACCGAGACCUUAAACCACAAAAUCUGCUCAUCAACAGAAACGGUGAACUGAAGUUAGCUGACUUUGGCUUGGCCAGAGCUUUUGGAAUACCUGUACGCUGUUAUUCUGCUGAGGUGGUGACGUUGUGGUACAGGCCUCCAGAUGUGCUGUUUGGUGCUAAGCUAUACUCUACCUCUAUUGACAUGUGGUCUGCAGGGUGUAUAUUUGCAGAAUUGGCAAAUGCAGGACGACCAUUAUUUCCUGGUAAUGAUGUGGACGACCAGCUGAAGAGGAUCUUUAGGUUGCUGGGAACGCCGACAGAAGAACAGUGGCAGACUAUGAAUAAACUUCCAGAUUAUAAGCCGUACCCAAUGUAUCCAGCUACUACAUCACUUGUGAAUGUCGUCCCGAAGCUCAGCAGCACUGGUAGAGACCUACUACAGAAUCUUCUGAAAUGCAAUCCAGUACAGCGAAUUUCAGCAGAGGAAGCCCUACAGCACCCUUACUUUGCCGAUUUCUGCCCACCCUAAAUGUCAGAUCUCCUUCACAUCAUUUAGGAGCACAGAUGGGCCAGUCUUACCUCGUGAAACCUCUUCAACACCUCCAGCGUUCAGUUAUCUUUCAGUUUGAGUUCGGAUCACACCUGCUAUAGCAGGAUAGAGGGACCCUGAAACACUCCUCCCUCUACAUGUUUAUGAUUUAAUAAUAAUGAUGUAAUUAUGAUCGUGACUCUGUCUAAUGCAGAGUGUGGUGCUGCAUAAACCAUGUAUUCGACUAGAGUCUCCAAAAAUAUUUUUAUUAUAUCAAUGUGGUCUUAAAGGGAUAGUUCACCUAAAAAUAAAAAUAUACUUACCGUGAUGAUGUUCCAAAUCUGUAUGAGCAACCAAACAGUUGACGGUAGCCAUUGACUUGCAUGGUGUAUAUUUUUUUUCCAUACUUUGGAAGUCAAUGGCUGCUGUCAACUGUUUGGUUGCCAACAGAGUAAGCUUUUUGGGUGAACUCUCUUUUUAAAGGAACAGUUCACUUAAAAAUUAAACUUCUGCACAUAUAAGUAAGUUGUGUGAAAUUCUUCAGCAUACUGGUGAAACGAAUUGAGGGCGAGUAAAUGUUGACCGGAUUUUCAUUUUUGAGUGAACUAUUGUUUAAACUUUAAAAAUGGUGAUCAUCACUUGUAGUUACCAAAAUUUCAGUAGUCCUGUCCCUACACGAUUCAUUUAGUUGCCAAAUGUGCUUCAUAGAUAUUUAAUGGUUUACAAAAUGCUGUCGUGAAGACUACUAAAAGCAGCGUUUUAUUUUGUAUUUGUCAAAGAUCAAAUGAACGGUAUAAUUUAAUAAGGUGCAGUAUUUAAAAAAAAAAGUUACUUUUCCACUUAAGUUUUGUGUUGUACAUUCAGUAAGGGUAUGGAAAAAAGUGUAGAGUUGUGCGACUGUCAUUUUGCCAUUUUGUACGAAUGCGAUUUUAGCAGUAAUUUUAAGCAAUUCUGUAACUUUUUUUUCUUCCUCAAGUAAUUUCAGCAAAUCUUGUAGUACUGCAAAUUAACUUUUUCAAUUGAAUACACUGCUUGGACAGUUUCAGUUAAUAGGGGCUCUGUUCACAUUGCUGAUAAUUUACUCAUCCUCGGGCCAUCCAAAAUGUAGUUGAGUUUUUUUCAUCGGAACAGAUUUGGAUAAAUUUAGCAUUAUAUCACUUGCUCACCAAUGGAUUUUCUGCAGUGAAUGGGUGCCGUCAGAAUGAGUCCACAAACAGCUGAUAAAAACAUCACAGUAAUCCAAAUAAUUUGUAUCCAUCAAGACAUUUUUAAAUUCAAACUGUUGUUUCCAGCUAAAAUAGCAGUCCAUAAUAUAACACUUCCUACAGUGAAAAAGUUGUCUCAUCUGUAUCAAGAGAGAUGGACUUUUUCACUGGAAAAAGUGUUGCUGUGGAUUAUGGAUGAGUUAUUUCAACAAGAAGCAAUAGAUUGAACAUAAUUGUUUUAAUUAUGGUUUUGUUUCUUGCAUGCAUCUUUUUGCUUCUGAAGAUGUUAACUGAUGGACUGGAGUGGUGUGGAUUAUUGUGAUGUUUUUAUCAGCUGUUUGGACUCAUUCUGACGGCACCCAUUCACUGCAGAGGAUCCAUUGGUCAGCAAGUGAUGUAAUGCUACAUUUCUCCAAAUGUUUCCACGAAGAAACAAACUCAUCUACAUCUUGGAUGGCCUGAGGGUGGGUAAGUUAUCAGCAAAUUUUCAUUUUUGGGAUGAACUAUUAGGCUACUUAAAAAUAUAUUUAUUAUUAUUAUUUUGUAUAGUGGACCACAGGAUUUGCCUUCAACAGUCUGAGCAAUAGCUAUGUGUAAAAGAACGAUGUUUUCGUAAGGCCUCAUAUAUGAAGCAUUCAUAUUUCAGUGCAUGCCAGUGUUGUCAUUACACUACAUGUGAUGUUGCACAUGUGUACCUUAUGGAAGAGUCGGGUCAGAUGACCCUGAAAUCUGUUAAACAUAGGAUAAGACUUAAAUUUACCCUCAUUUUUGCUUUGCAUUUCUCAUCAGCUGUAGUAGAUAUACAUUGUUAGAAAACAUAAUCGACAUCACAAAUUCCAGGCCUUUUGUUGUGAUUAUUAUGUUAUGGAUUUGAAGUAGGCUGACUAUAUUUAUCUGAAACCCGUUUAGAUUGCAUUGAGAUAGUGAAUGGUUGCAUUUUUUUGUUUUUUAAUCACUGUGUGAAAAUGCAUUUAUUUAUUCAUAUAGUAUAAGUCAAUAGGCUUACUUUUCCAAUUAGGUUGACUUGGCGUCUCGGUAAGAGACCAUUCCUGACAUAUUUGGACCGAUCUUUCAUGACAAAUCUAGCAUUCUGUUUAAAUACUAAAAUGUUUUUUUAUUAUAAAAAAAUAUAUAUAUUAUUUGUUACAAAAAUAAAAGUUGCUAUAAAGGAUAUCAGCAACAGGUUUGCAAGUAAUGUGUGAGAACAACCUGCUUAUUAUGUUUGAAGAAUGUAGCAGAACUCCAAACCUCCAUCAAGUUAUCACUGAUUAUUAUUUUUCAUGGUGUACUUUGAUUAUCUGCAAACCAUAUGUAAAAAUCAUUUGAAGAAUUCUGCACCAGUUUAUUAAAAUUGUUUUCUCUAAAUAAAAAGUGUCCAGCUUGAGUGAAAUCAGGAUGGGCUAAAGUUAAAGG